UGAUUAUAAAGGCUGGACAGCCCUGCAUCAUGCUGCCUUUGGAGGAUACACUCGCACAAUGCAGAUCAUUUUGGAUACUAAUGUGAAGUGUACUGACAGAGUGGAUGAAGAAGGGAACACAGCUUUGCACCUGGCUGCGAGAGAAGGACACGCAAAAGCAGUAAGAUUACUUCUUGACUAUGGUGCAAAAAUUCUGUUCAACAAAGCAGUAGCUUCUUUUUUCCAUGAAGCAAUACACAAUAGGAGAAAAGAUGUAGUGUCUGCUGUAAUUUUGCACAAAAGAUGGGAAGAAGCUGUUGUGACAUUCUCUCACUAUUCUAGUGCCAAUAAGUGUCCUUUGCUAGAAAUGGUUGAGUAUCUUCCUGAUUCAUUUAAACUGGUUUUGGACAACUGCAUAAUUGAGUCUUCAGAGGAAAAGACAAGUCGAGACUUCUAUAUUGAAUAUAACUUCCGAUAUCUUCAGUGUCCCUUGACACUUAACAAGAAACUAAAGGAUGGUGAAGACAUUUUCUAUGAACCACUUACCACUCUAAAUGCCAUGGUACGCCACAAUCGCAUGGAGCUGCUCAGUCAUCCUGUGUGUAAAGAAUACUUGCUUAUGAAAUGGAUGGCCUACGGGUUUCGAGCACAUCUAAUGAAUUUAGGCAUAUAUUCUCUCGGUCUCAUCCCACUGACUCUUCUGGUCACUCACAUACAACCAGGAAGACCUUUGAAUGGAACAGUGAUCUAUGAAGCAAGGCCAUUAGAAUACGAGAACUCAUACUUCACAAGGGUGUGUAUGUGUCUAGUUUUAAUCAUGAGUUUACUGGGAAUCUGCAAAGAAAUAUUUCAGCUGAUUCAGCAGAAAUUGAAAUAUUUGUUGGAUUACUCCAAUCUACUGGACUGGACAAUUUAUACGACAAGCAUAAUUUUUGUAUCUUCUUUAUUUAUUAAUACACCAGCUCAUUUGCAGUGGGAAUGUGGAGCAAUUGCUGUAUAUUUGUCUUGGAUGAACUUCUUGCUUUACCUUCAACGAUUUGAAAACUAUGGCAUCUAUGUUGUGAUGUUCUGGGAAAUUUUGAGGACAUUGAUACGGAUUGCUGUCGUUUUCUUUUUCCUGAUAUUGGCCUUUGGACUGAGUUUCUUUGUCCUUUUGGGUUCACAGCAAACGUAUAGCACACCUCUGCUUUCUGUAAUGAAGACAUUUGCAAUGAUGCUGGGAGACAUUAAUUACCAUGAUGCAUUCCUUGAUCCAUUACUAAGCAGUGAAUUGCCAUAUCCUUUCCUGAGUUACACAGUUCUCAUUAUAUUUACCUUGCUUAUUCCAAUCCUUCUUAUGAACUUGCUGAUUGGUUUGGCUGUUGGGGACAUAGCUGAAGUACAGAAAUAUGCUGCACUCAAAAGGAUUGCAAUGCAGGUCAAUCUUCACACCAACUUAGAGAAGAAGCUACCAUUUUGGUUCUUGAGUCGGGUGGACCAAGAAUCAAUUACUGUAUAUCCAAACAGACCAAGAUACUGUGGAUUUAUGAGCGUGUUCCAGUAUUGCUUUGGGUGUGAGGACUCUACCACAGAUGCACAGAGCACUGAUACAACAUUAGAACUGGAAGUUCUGAAGCAGAAAUACAGGCUCAAAGAUAUAUCAACACUGUUGGAAAAGCAACAUGACCUCAUUAAAUUGAUUAUCCAAAAAAUGGAGAUAGUGUCAGAGGCGGAGGAUGAAGACAGCAAUGAUUUGUUUCAGCACAAGUUUAGGAAAAGGCAGUUAGAGCACAAGAAUAGUAAAUGGGAUACAGUGUUAAAAGCUGUUAAAACAAAUGUGCCCAACCCAAGCACAGAAAAGAACAAUAGCUUCUUCUAGACAUGGCUGUGAUAACAUAUUGUAUUAUCAUUUUGGUUUACUUUAUGAUCACUUUUUUUCUCUUAUUGUCUGUGCAUAAUGUUAAUGUGAUACAUCAUGUAUUCAAAUAUAAAAAAAAGGCCAGAUCCAAAAAAAGGAUGCAGGUGCUCAAAACAGUAUUUAAGGAGACUUAAGAUGUCUACAUCCAAAACCGUGAUCC